UGAGAAACAUUGAGGUCCGACGACGACGGAAUCAUAAAAGUUAUUCUUAAUUCCAUGAAUUCUAUGCAUGGUUCCAUCUCCCUCAACCAUGAUUUUAUGAAUUUGACUGAGAAGCAUAUAGGUCCGACGACGCCGGAACCAUAAAAGUAUUUUUUGAUUCCAUGAAUUCUAUGCAUGGUUCUACCUCACCAAACCAUAAUUUUAUGAAUCUGGUGAUAAAGCAUCAGGAUCUGCAUCCAGGUUUAUGAAAAUUAUUCUUGGCUUCAUGAAUGCUACUCAUGAUCCCAGCUUAUUUAAUCAUAGCUUCAUGAUUAUAUUUUCCAUUUUUGGUCGUCGAAAGCCAAAACAAUAACGGGUGCAUAGCGUUAUGGUGAAAUCAAUCAUAAGAUCAUAAAAUUUAAUCAUGGUGUAUAUUUAUAACAUAAAAUCAUAAAAAUAUCGGGAAACCAUGAGUCAUAUUCAUGGUCUUGGGAAUGGAUUUUUUUCCGUGCAAACAGUGGCAUAUUUUAUCACCGGCGAACUGACGUGACUCACAGUGAUCGCAAACGUCAAACUGAAUGUGAUGUUUGACAAAAUGACGACGCCUACGCAGUCGGUGAUUUUAUGGUUCCAUUUUUUUUCUGAUUUUUUUCUUGUGAAGAUGAAUGAUAGGAAUGGGAGAAUUCUAUGGAGAAUUAUUGGGAGAAAUUGUUGUACAUUGUCAUAGAUAAAUCCCUGCCGAAGGCCUUGUACGUAGAAUGUGUCUCAAAAUAGAAAAAGUAUCGAAAAGUUGUUCACCUUUAGAAUGAUAAAUUAGGGUCUUAGAAACUAUAGUUUUAUACCCGAAACCCUUUUUACUCCUAAUCAAAACAAAGGAUUGAAACGCAGCUCAUUUUGUUUCUUAUUUUUGUAUUUUUUAUUAGAAGUGAGCAGGCAUGAAAACAGAAAAAACGGAAUCAACCGCUGCCGUAAUCGAUUGUUUUCUAAUAGGAGAAAUUUGGGAGCGUGAGAUUAUCAAUGGCACUCAGACCAUAUUACCAAAAAAAUGCUCAUUUGUGUUGAAAAGUAAAAGAAAUAAACUUCAUCAAUCAUAGUUCUGGGUUUGGAGCAAAUUUAGACCAUCAGAAUUGACUCCAUAUGUUUGACAUAAGUUAAAAUAUCGGAAAAACACGAUUUUUUAACAAUUUGUUAAAAAAUGCUCAAUUUAUGAGGAUUUUAAAUUUUAUCCAGUGAUUGACAAUUCCCUUAUUUUGUAGCAAAUUUGGUUUAGAUUCGUUCAAAGACAGUUUUAAGCUAUCUCCUUCAUGGGUUGAAAUAUUGGCAUAAUAGUGAUAACACAAUCAAUUAAAAAUCUGGGUUUCUUACGUUAUUCGUUUUAGUGCACUAGUUUCUACGACUAUCUAGAAUAGUUUUGUGGUCUAUGGCUACCGCUUCUGAUUCAUAUGCAGAAGGUCCUGGGUUCAAUCCCUGGCCCGUUCGUUUCCUCCUUGUAUCUUUCUAUUUACUUCCUCUCUUUCUCUUCUCUUCAUAUACAUACAUUUCAUGUAUAUUCAUAAUGUAGCCAUCGCUAGAACAGAAAUGGGUUGAAAAAGCCGUUUCCCUUACUUCCAAUUUUCACAGCACAGUGUCAAUGUAUCAUAUAACGCCUACAAGCUAUGCAAUCAAGCGAACUGUGCCGCUUCUCUAGUAGCAACAACCAUCACUCUCUAACAUUCCUUUCUCUUCCCAACUGACUCUAAGGACUUGGCCGGCGCCGAUAUUGAUCCAAAAAUAUAUGAGCUCCUUAAAUUGCACUUGUUUUCAUGCGUGCUCAACCUUUGUUUUGAAUAGGGUGAAAAUGGGAGCGUAUAUGCUCAGAAAGGGAACAACCAUUGCACACCACAGCUUCUUUCGUCUCUCCUAGGCGUAUUUCCGUUUAUUUAUGCAAACUUUUCCCGUUACCAGGUAUAUAGGAGUCUGCUCUACCUGUUACUGGCCAGAGAUCACAUGAAUAAAAGGAAAUACGCGCAGGAGGACCUGGAAAAGCUCGAAUUUGCAAUGAUUGUUUCGCCCUUUUCACAUGUUGGUCUAGAGGUCCUACAGUAAGGUCUUUUUUUACGCGAGGAAUACGUACCGCACUUAGUUUUUCUUUGUGAAAGUUGUGAAAGACGGACCCGGUUAGGGUGAUGCUUCGAAGUUUGACUUUCUAUUCAGCAGAAUCGUAACUUAUUCUGUGGCUUAGUUGGUUAAAGCGCCGAACUAUCGAUACGCUGUCGUGGGUUUGAAUCCCACCAAAACAAGUGGUAUUUUUUUCGCAAAUUUAUCAAUUAAACGCACUUUGCCUUUAAUGCUUCAAAAUUUAACGUCUAGAUUUUCGGGAUUUCUCGAUGAACAACGUAUCUACAUUAAAAUCAUAGUAUUUGAUAUGGUUUUAAUCAUUAAACAAGAGCGGCAACAAAAUACCUUCUAUUCUUACACUGCUAAGUGGAUCAAUCAAGAAUGUUUCCAUUUCGCAGGAAGCGAUGAAAGCCAAACAUGUUCUUGUAAUAAUCUAUCGAUAUCGAAACGGAGGGAAGAGGGGUGCUUGGUGGCGUGUCUAAUUGCGCACCAACAACAAAAAAGCAAUUGUUGGCAAUUGUAUGUAGGUACCUAUGUAAAUUCUAUGCAGUCAGUCAGGUGGUGCAACGGAGGGUACUUAAAUUAGCAUUCUUCCGAAGAGCAGUUAUUGAUAAAACAACUUUUGCUCCAGGAUGACGGAGACAGCAAGAGUUCGACUGAAUUCAGCCUCGUCUUCACUGGCGAGCGUCGAUCAGGGGCGUGAAAUUAAUUUACAAUUUUACCGUCUCACCUAUCCGAAACGGAAAAAAAUACGCUUCUCAACAGACCAGUAGUGGUUGAUUGUUGUUGUGAUGAAGGAGCAUAGCGGAAGGAAUAAUCGUGGAAGUAAUUGCUUUAAUUAUUGUGUCUUGAAUCGCUCGAAUCGGCAUUCGUCUCAGCGACACGCGAUUCGGGAAGUGUAGGUGGAAACUCCACACGUUUGGUGUAAAUCACGCGUAGCAGGGAUAAAGUUUGAAGCGCCGCCACACAGUAGGAGAUCCUGAUGGGCGAAAAGGACGUUGGGAUUAUGGAUUGGUACGAGCAAAUUUUCCACGACGAGGAUCACGAACCUCCCCCGGUGGAUUUAAUUCGCCGGAAGAGCUUCACCAUCUGCACAGCCGGUGAAGAACCGGAUAGCCAGUGUGGUCAGCGGCCCACCUCUGACCAAACAUACAUUGUCCCAACUCCAGCAUCUGCUCCAAUAGCUACAGAAAUGCGUAACAGAAGGAACACCACCGGAAGAACUGGAUCGGCUGGAUCGUCCUCUGCGCCGAACAAAUCCGCCUCCACACCGAAAAAGCGGAACAGUAUCCCCAGACCUUCACCCGCAAUGCCAACCCCAGCUUCGCAGCUUCCCCGCAAAUCGAUCGAAGCGGAAAACAAAGAGAACCAUCUGCUGCUGACCCAGUCUCGGAUUCGGGACCUGGAAGAGAUCUACAACUUGACCCUGAACGAAGUAUCCAAGGAGCAGCGGAAAAGCCCCUCCCCUGCUCCGACCCUGGUCCGCGAGAAAACGUUCUGCGACAAAUCGACCGCUCCAUCGCCGACCCGUACCACGCAGGAUUCGCUGGUCAGCUGGGCCAAGGAACGGGAACUGGAAAGCAGCAUCACCAAGCUGCAGGAGAAACUUAAGGACACCGAGGAACGAUUCGAGAGCUUGAAGAUCCAGUACGACACGCUGUCGCAGGUUCAUCGGGCCCUGAGGGAAAACCACGGUUCCAUCCAGGAGGAAAGUGACAAGCUGAAGUUGGACGUUCAGCAUCUGACCGAGUGUGCCAAUGUGUUGAGAUCCGAACUGCAAUCGGCGCGAAGUGACCGCGAUGCAGCGAUGGAACUGCAGAAAAUUCUCCAAUCGGAACUGGAAGAAUCUCGACGCGAUAGGAAACGAUACCAAGAGCUUAACGAGAAGGACACCAAGACCAUUCAGGACCUGCAGCGUCAGUGCCGGGAGAUGGAACGGAUUCUGAUGAGGAAGCAUCCAGAUUCGGUUUCGGCUUUGAUUGUGGCCAGCAAAAACACCAACAACAACAAACCGACUGAGGAUGCUUCCCAGACGCGUCGACUUCUGGAGCAGCGUAUUGCCCAGUUGGAAGCGGACGCCAAGGAACAGGAUGCCAAAGCCCAGGGCAUUCUGGCCAAUGUGCAGGCCCGCUUCAACUCGGUGCAGUCCAAGUACGAGACCCACAUUGCCGAUCUGGAGAUGCAGGUGCUCAGUUUGCAGGAGAUCAACUCCAAACUGAACGAGAAGAUCAUCCGCCAGAUGGACGAACUCUCGAGCAUCACGAGCCAUGCGGCAGUGUCGCUCCCGAAGGUUAACUCAAUCGCCAUCGCAACCAGCAGCAGCUUCACGCAAACCGAAGAUAUUCCCGACAAGGAUUGUAUUAAAACUAGGUCCAUUUCAGUGCAGACCGAUAGCAAGCUGACCGGAACGGGUGGACCGGGCCGGAAUCAAUCAUCCACCGGACCUAAGCGAGCUUCAUCAGCCAACGCUGGAGGAAAGCUGCCAAAUUCGUUGUCAGAUUCGCAGAUCCAAAGCCGGGAGGACGCCCAUCUUCUUGCCACCAUCCGGGGAAUGCGCGUGGAUCUAGCCAUCAAGGAGAAGGCAGUUCAACGACUGACGCGAGAAGUGGAAGACUGUAAGAAAACGAUCAAGAAGCUACAGAAGGAACGGGACACCUACCUGAAAUCGGAGGGGCGAUCCGGCACCAGUUCCUCUACUAGUUCUUCGAUGGGAAAAGGUAAGGCAUACGAUCCAUCUCACUAUGCGGAUGGUGGAGGAGUCGCUUCCGACGCCAGUGCACUGAAGGAUGCGCAUCUGAAGAUCAAGCUGCUUGAAGCGGACUACAAGACGUUGCAUGACAAGAGGCUGCAGGACCUUAAAACUCUUCAGGCAGCUCACGAACGGGAGCUGGCGGCAUGCCAUGAAACGGUUCGAAUCCUGCAGCAACGCCUCUCGGAACGGGAGGAAACCCUACAACACACCAAGGAGAAACGAAGGCCCAACCACAACAUCGACUACUACGCCCUGAAGGCGAAGGUCACCUCGCUGGAGCGGCGCCACAGCGAGCGGGAACAACGGCUGCACAUGCUGGUCGAGGCCCUCAGCAAGGGAGGUAAGUUGAACGGUGUUCACAUUCGUGCUUUGGCUGCGGCGGCUGCGGCCACCGGUGGCAAUCCGACCGCCAUCGGCGACGAGGAAAACCACAACCUGGUGAACCCGCAGCCACAACAGCACCACAAUGCCACCGUUGGAGGAAACUAGAGCGAGGUGAGACGGACGAGGUUUUAUACAAAUCGUAGGUUUUGGAAGGGGUGAUUCUAGAGAAGGUAUAACGUCGUUUGGCAUAAAGUUUGUGCCAAAUGGCAUUCAGUGGCCAUCAAUGGCCAUUUGUGGCCAUCAAUUCAAACUAUGCCAAACGACUAUCUGCUAUUCUUUUGGAUAGUGAUGUACCGAAUAUUCGGCCGGCCGAAUAUUCGGGCCGAAUAUCAGCUUAUUUUCGAUUUUGCCGAAUAUUCGUUUAGCCGAAUAUUAAAUGUAUUAUUCGGCCGAAUAUACCGAUUAGGCCGAAUACAGUCCCGAUUCGUUCGUUGGCGGCUCGUUAGAUGGGCUGUCUCGAUAGUUGAAUGUUCACUGGUUGGGUCAAAACCCAACUAAAAAGCACUGUCAAUGUCAAAAUCGAUGUCAAAACGAGUUUGACGUCUGACCGCCGUCGCAUCGCAGCUCCUAUAUACAGAACGUUUGUGCAAGUAUGUAAGUGUUCCGUGACGUAUUUCUCGUCACUUGCUUGUGUCUAGAGCAUUUUGAUCAGUUGUCAGUUUCCCCAACUAACGAACACGAUUCGCUAAUCGGGGCGCAGUCGUGACCCAACGAGCGAAUCCUCACUGUAAUAACUAAACAUACCAACAACACACUAAAUCAAGAAUUUAGUAAAUUGUGAAGUGGAUUUUCGAAGCAUUUUAUUUGCAAAAAGUUACUUUUUCUGAGAUGUUAAAACUUUUCUGAAGAUGCUGGCUUUCAAAUUCUACUUUCUUGAAAACAAAGAUGCCCUUUACAAUAACUACACGAGAUUUUUAACAAGAAAAUCGGCCGAAUAUCUGACCGAUUAUUCGGCCGAAUAUACGGCCGAAUAUUCGUUUCGCCGAAUAAUAAAAUUCGAAAUAUUCGGUAUUCGGCCGAAGGCCGAAUAGUACUAUUCGGUACAUCACUACUUUUGGAUACCCUAAAUUUUAAACAGAAUACUCUCCACAAAACCACUAUCAUUAGGCAAUUGUUGGGUUCCUAAACUUACUGUCCCGUACUCCGUAGAUCUCAAACAAACCAAAAUCUUAAGAUUGUUAUUAUUAGAUAUUAUUCCCGUAGCUAACCGAUGAUGAUGAUGAUGAUGUAGCGAAACCGAAGAUAAUCUACUUUAGUGUUUUAUGUAUUACAACAACAGUGAUUGAAUGCAAUUCUAUUUGAACAAUUAACUCUAACACGAAUAGUCCCACACAAGUACACUCUAGCUAGCUCUUAAGAGUCAAUUAUUUGAGUUGAAGUUUAUCUGAUAGUCGAAUAGCCAUUAGAAUUUACUUAUUUUUGUUCGUCAAAAAAUCUACUUUUCGAUUUCGAUUAACCAUUCCAAAGAUUUAUUUUAAGGUGAUUGUCUAGAGAGCCUGUAGUAGAUCGUAAAUGACAAGGAAACACGGACGAGAAUCCAAUUCACGUCCGGCGGACAGCAAUCCAAUUCAUAAAGUACUACUAAACUGUGUAAUUUGAUGUCAAAAGUCGAGAAAAGGUAAGAUCGGAGAGUCCAUUAGAAUGAUAAUGAUGUUUAGCGAUUACCAGAGAGAUACUUGGCAAUAUAUAAUUUAUCAACUUCAUACGUCCAUUCAGUCCGUUAGCUUGUAAGAUUAGUUGUUAGGUAUUGUAGCAUUUGUCACACGAUUAAAUGGGUAGACAUAAAUAGGCGCCAGCAAAACCGUUCCGUUCCGUUUUCGCUUCAAUAGGAACUUUCCAAACAUCACUCUUAGCCGUUCCCGUUUUUCGUUUCUUCCUAUUAGCAUGAACAAUUCGAAAACAAACAAAUAAUGACAAUAGUUUUAACGUUCUAGAACAAACCAAUCUAUCGUUGCCUAGUUUGCAGCUGUUUCGGAAGUUCUUUUUGAAAGUUUUGAAUUCAAACCGUCAAAUUCGACUGGAAGAUGGAGUCAUCCAGUUCUGGCGUACCUACAGGUGGCAAUAGUUUUGAGAGAGAAAAAGAACAUUUUUAUCGAAUAUAGUACUGAUUAAAAAUAA